AUGGAGGCACCCAACGACUUCAUAUCACAGGAAUCUCCCCAGGGCUUGGCAAUGGAGGGCUCAGCGGGUGUUGCUGCGGACAAGAAACGAAACAAACUUGGAUACCAUAGAACUUCCGUCGCAUGCGUCCACUGCAGAAGAAGGAAAAUCCGGUGCUUACUCGCCCCCGAUGACCCCCAGGGACGGUGUGAGAACUGCAUUAGGCUGAAAAAGGAAUGCCAUUUCUAUCCCGUGGAUCAACAGCCACCUGUUGAGAAGAGGAGCCGCGCAGGGUCCAAAGCUGAACCCCCGACUCCGGACGCGUCCAUUGUCACCACUCCCACCCUUCUCGGCCGCGGGCCGAUGAUGGAGCCAAAAGACUCUUAUUUCCCUUAUCCUUCAAUGCCGGUGAAUGAGACUCCCGAAAUGGCGACUUUCAACCCAGGCUCUUAUGGGACAUCGACGAUGUCGCCCUACUCACCAGACCCUACCACGGCUCUCGGUGCAGUACAGCCUCUAGCUCAACCAUCAGCAUGGGAAACGCCCUCUCUUUACGAUCAACAGCUUUCUGGUGUCCCUCCCACAAUUCAAACUAGCCCACCUGCAGGGGCCAUCUGGGACCAAAACACACCGAUGACGGCCACCAUUUCUUCGCUACCCGCCAUGAGUUCUACUGUGAAUCCCGUCGGUCUUGUUCCUGGGAACAAUACGUUUGGUAUUGUGACGGAUGGGUCCCCCUGGAACCUACAAUCCAGCGCAACUAUGCCAAUUUCAAGCCCGGAAGUCACCACUCCAGGAUAUGCCGGUCAAUUGCAUGCUCCGUUGGCCUCAGAAUUUAAACCGCCGAUUGGAAACGCUUCCCGGCUAUAUCCAGUCCCGAUGAGCGCGCCUGUCACAGUACUUCAACCGCCUACUCUUCCUGUUUCAUAUGACAUUCAGCAACAAACCCUGGCGUAUAAUAGCUGGGGCGCCAUCAACGGGCCUGACAUUUCCACCUCCAGCCAGCCCAUUGUGACAGGAAUUCCAGACCCGAUGGCGCCAUGGUACGCAGCAGGCGACCCAGUGCAGUACGCUCAUAUUAAACAGGAGGUACCGAUGGUGACGAGCCCGCUACAACCUUUCGAUCCUGGCGUUCCGCAUCCAAUGCAAAAACCAUAA